AAAUUAAAAUACACGAAGUAGAGAAAAAGAGUGGAACCCUUGUGCAGAUCGAACGCGGAAACAACAUCCGAGCAAUUACCGUUACAUCCAAUCACUCAGCCGGCGAUCCCGAUGCGGCCCUCCGUCCGAUCACCGUCGUCUUGGUCCGUCAUUGCAGCACUCUUCGCAUCCUUUCUUUUCAUCUUAUCGCCGGCGUUCGCCUCCGAGUAUGAUCACAAGUAUCAACCAGAUGACAAAGUCACCCUUUGGGUGAAUAAAGUUGGACCUUACAAUAAUCCACAAGAAACAUACAAUUUCUACAGUCUUCCAUUUUGUCACCUACCUGGACAUGCUGCACACAAGUGGGGUGGUUUGGGUGAAGUAUUGGGUGGAAAUGAGCUUAUUGAUAGCCAAAUGGAUGUCAAGUUCCAAAAGAAUGUGGAAAAGACUACUGUUUGCAAGCUGGACCUCGAUGAACCAAAAGCCAUGCAAUUUAAACAGGCUAUUGAGAAUAGCUACUGGUUUGAACUAUUCAUGGAUGAUCUGCCACUGUGGGGUUUUGUGGGGGAGGUGCAUUCUGAUAGGAACACUGAUAACAAGCAUAUGUUAUUUACACAUAUGAAUAUCACUUUACAAUACAACAAAGAUCAGAUUAUCCAUGUUAAUCUGACUCAAGAAAACCCAAAACCAUUGGAUGCUGGUAGAACCCUAGACAUGACAUAUUCAGUCAAAUGGACUGAAACUAAUAUCACAUUUGCUCGUCGUUUUGAUGUUUACCUUGAUUACCAUUUCUUCGAGCAUCAGAUUCAUUGGUUUUCCAUCUUCAAUUCAUUUAUGAUGGUUAUCUUUCUCACUGGGCUUGUUUCAAUGAUCCUAAUGCGAACUCUUAGAAACGACUAUGCCAAAUAUGCAAGAGAAGAUGAUGAUCUAGAAACUCUGGAAAGAGACGUGAGUGAAGAAUCUGGUUGGAAACUUGUUCAUGGAGAUGUUUUCCGACCACCUCGUAAUUUGGUUUUGCUGUCGGCAGUUGUCGGGACAGGUGCCCAGCUGGCACUUUUGAUUCUUCUUGUCAUCAUGUUUGCCAUUAUCGGAAUGUUGUAUAUCGGGAGAGGAGCAAUUGUAACAACAUUUAUAGUUUGCUAUGCUUUCACAUCUUUUAUAUCUGGCUAUGUGAGUGGGGGGAUGUACUCACGCAAUGGUGGGAAAACAUGGAUAAAGUCGAUGAUCUUGACAGCAUCACUUUUCCCAUUUUUGUGCUUUGGGAUCGGUUUCAUUCUGAACACAGUUGCCAUAUUGUAUGGGUCUCUAGCAGCUAUACCAUUUGGGACAAUGGUGGUGGUUUUGGUGAUUUGGGGUUUUAUUUCUUUCCCACUUGCCCUUCUUGGAACAGUUGUUGGAAGGAAUUGGAGUGGGGCCCCUAACAACCCUUGUCGUGUGAAGACAAUCCCUCGCCCAAUUCCAGACAAGAAAUGGUAUCUUACACCUUCUGUGGUUUCUUUAAUGGGAGGAUUGCUGCCUUUUGGUAGUAUUUUUAUUGAGAUGUACUUUGUCUUCACAUCCUUUUGGAAUUACAAGGUGUACUAUGUGUAUGGGUUUAUGCUACUUGUUUUCCUGAUAUUGAUUAUAGUGACUGUUUGCGUGACGAUUGUUGGAACAUAUUUUUUGCUGAAUGCGGAGAAUUAUUACUGGCAAUGGACUUCCUUCUUCUCAGCUGCAUCCACAGCUAUUUACGUCUACUUGUAUUCCAUAUAUUACUAUUAUGUCAAGACCAAAAUGUCUGGUUUCUUCCAGACCAGCUUCUAUUUUGGAUACACCGCCAUGUUCUGCCUCGGUUUAGGAAUUCUAUGUGGAGCUGUGGGACAUUUGGGGUCAAACAUGUUUGUUAGAAGGAUCUACCGAAACAUCAAGUGCGAUUAAGUCUAAGUCACUGUUAGGAAGAAGUAAGAACACAAACACGACCCAAAGUGGGACCCAUGACCUGGUUCUUGACAAGAGUUGGGGAGUGAUUAGUAGUAUACUUAACUCUUUAAGGAUAGGGGGAGGCUUGAUCAUUUUUUCCUUCCUUUCCAUGGAGUUUAGAAGAAGAAAGGUAGAUUAUAUCAAAAAAAAAAAAAAACUAUUUUUGUUCCACAUUCGUAAAUUUUUCGUAUUCUCAUUUACGUUACUUUGUGUUUGAUUAAUACCAUGAAGAAGGA